UCUCGGUUGUGUUUUUGGAUUUCCAAUCAGCUUCAACAGUACACAGAGUGAUACAAGAAGUAAGAAUCAAUCAUAUGAAAUGAACACAAAUGGAACCAACUCAACACCACCUGAUAUAGGCCCAACUUUUAACGACACCUUCAUGGAUCCGCCAUUUAUCGAGCCACUUAUACUACUCAACAGUGUUUACGAACGUGGUCAUGGAUGCCUUCUACCCACAUGUGCAUUAAGUAAUCUGGGAAAUUCUCUGAACACAGGAGAUGAAGAAGCUGGCAGCUCAACUUCAGAUCCCCAUGGAAUUGGAAAAAAGUGAAUUUAAAAAAAAAACCCUGUGUUUAAAACAUGAGCCUGUAGCAGGAUGUCAGAGAGACUAUAUUUAUAGGCCUGGCCUAGCCUACUUGAUAUCAGGCUGGUUCACUGAGCUGAGUUUUGCAAAUUUAGAGCUUUUGUGUUGAUUGAUAGAAUGUAUCUGUGAAGAGUUUCUGUUGUUUUAAAAUAACCUAGGUGUAGGCCUAGUAGGCUAUAAGUUCUUUAUUGAAAUGUUUCCAAAACAAUAGCCUUACAAUAGGCUAAUUAAAA